CACGCUGGGCUCACAGAGUCUCUCCACACGGCUCCAGCGAGACCCAGAACCUGCAUUUUCUUCAAGAUGUCAUCUGGGCACGAACGAGCUGAACAAGUCCAUCGCGAUGUGAGAACCGCGUGACGUGUCCAAUCCGAGUUGUAGAGUCGAAGAAACCAUUCCAGCGAGACAGCUCUCGGCGUCCCCUCGACGGCUUCGCUUGGAUCCACUUUGAAAAGCGCCACAUCUUGCGCAGGUGACCAUUUCAAAACACUGACUACAAGAGUGACGGGCGAACGACUGCUGGAUGCCAGACUGAUCAUCUUUUAAAGGCGAAGUUUGUCACCAUGAGUACCGAAAAGAAAGUGGAGGAUGAGGCCGUCUUGGACAGAGGAGCGUCCUUUGUCAAACAUGUCUGCGAUGAAGGGGAAGUGGAAGGUCACCACACUGUGUACAUUGGUGUGCAUGUUCCCAAGAGCUACCACCGCCGGAGACGCCACAGACGCAAGACUGGCCACAAGGAGAAGCGGGAACGGGCGGAACACAGUUCAGAAGGAUACAAGUCGGACGGGGAGAACGCAGACGAAUCCCCUGCAAGCAUCCUCAAGCCUCUCAUUUCUCCAGCUGAGAGGAUCCGGUUUAUCCUGGGAGAGGAGGACGAUGGCCCCCCACCCCCUCAGCUCUUCACCGAGCUGGACGAGCUCCUCGCCGUGGACGGCCAGGAGAUGGAGUGGACGGAGACAGCCAGAUGGAUCAAGUUUGAGGAGAAGGUGGAGAAGGGUGGCGAGCGCUGGAGCAAGCCUCACGUGGCCACGCUGUCCUUACACAGCUUGAUGGAACUGAAAGGGUGCAUCGAGAAGGGCACCAUCAUGCUGGACCUGGAGGCCUCCACGCUGCCGCAGGUUGUCGAGAUGAUCACCGACAGCCAGAUUGAGAGUGGUCAAUUGAAGGCGGACAUGAAGGAGAAGGUCAUGUACACUCUGCUGCGGAAGCAUCGUCACCAGACCAAGAAGUCCAACUUGCGCUCCCUUGCUGACAUUGGCAAGAGUGUUUCCAGUGCAAGUAGGCUCUUUACCAACCAGGAGAAUGGUAGCCCGACUACAGCCCACAGAAACCUCACCUCCAACAGCCUGAGUGACUUCUCUGACAAACCAGAGAAGGAUCAGCUGAAGAAUAAGUUCAUGAAAAAAUUGCCCCGUGAUGCAGAGGCAUCAAACGUGCUGGUUGGAGAGGUGGACUUCCUGGAAACUCCCUUUGUGGCGUUUGUUCGUCUGCAGCAGGCCGUCAUGCUCGGGGCUCUGACCGAGGUCCCUGUGCCCACAAGAUUUCUCUUUGUCCUGCUGGGUCCCAAAGGUAAAGCAAAGUCCUAUCAUGAAAUUGGAAGAGCCAUUGCCACCCUGAUGUCAGAUGAGGUGUUCCAUGAUAUUGCCUAUAAAGCGAAGGACAGGCAGGACCUGCUGGCCGGUAUCGAGGAGUUCCUGGAUGAGGUCAUCGUGCUGCCGCCCGGAGAGUGGGACCCUGACAUCAGAAUAGAGCCACCCAAGUCUCUGCCCUCCUCAGACAAAAGAAAGCACAUGUAUGCCGGAUCGGAGGCGCCUCAGAUGAACGGCGACACGCCCCAUGAUGCGGGACAUGGUGGGGGAGGAGGACACGAGGUCGGAGAGGAGCUUCAGUUCACUAGAAAGUUUUGUGGAGGUCUUGUCCUGGAUGUCAAGCGGAAGCUGCCGUUUUUUGCCAGCGACUUCUAUGAUGCGCUACAUAUCCAGUCUCUGUCGGCCAUCUUGUUCAUCUAUCUGGGCACAGUCACCAAUGCGAUCACGUUUGGAGGCUUACUUGGUGAUGCUACAGAUAACAUGCAGGGCGUGUUGGAGAGUUUCCUGGGCACGGCACUGACAGGAGCAGUGUUCUGCCUGAUGGCUGGUCAGCCCCUGACGAUUCUCAGCAGCACAGGCCCGGUGCUCGUCUUUGAAAGACUCCUCUUCGUCUUCAGCAAAGACAACGAGCUAGACUACCUUGAGUUUCGGCUGUGGAUCGGCCUGUGGACGGGAGCGUUCUGUCUGGCGCUGGUCGCCACGGAUGCCAGCUUCCUGGUGCAGUACUUCACGCGAUUCACCGAGGAAGGCUUCUCCGCGCUCAUCAGCUUCAUCUUCAUCUACGACGCUUUCAAGAAGAUGAUAAAGCUGGCCCACCACAACCCGAUCAACUCUGAUUACGACCCCAACCUUGUCACUUUCUACGACUGCAGCUGCAUGCCUGCUGGAAACUCCUCAGAUUCUCUUGUCUCUGCGUGGACAAACAGUACUGAUCUGUCUGUGAAUGCCACCUGGGCGUCCCUGACCAAGGAGCAGUGUCUGAAGGUUGGGGGGCAGCUGGUGGGAGGGGCCUGUGGCUAUGUGCCUGACAUCACCCUGAUGUCCUUAAUCUUGUUCUUUGGGACCUACACCUGCUCCAUGGGUUUGAAGAAGUUCAAGGCGAGCCGCUUCUUCCCCACCACAGUGAGGAAGCUCAUCAGUGACUUCGCGAUCAUCUUGACCAUUCUCCUCUUCUGUGGCGUGGACGCCUUUGUCGGUGUGGACACUCCAAAGCUCAUAGUGCCAAGCGAAUUCAAGCCCACGAGUCCGCUGAGGGGCUGGUUUGUUCCUCCUUUUGGAAGGAACCCUUGGUGGGUGUACCUGGCAGCCACGAUCCCAGCUAUACUGGUCACCAUUCUGAUAUUUAUGGACCAGCAGAUCACCGCUGUGAUUGUCAACCGGAAAGAGCACAAACUCAAGAAAGGAGCAGGGUAUCACCUGGACCUGUUAUUGGUUUCCAUCCUGAUAAUUCUCUGCUCUUUCAUGGGCCUGCCGUGGUACGUGGCUGCCACGGUCAUCUCCAUCGCCCACAUCGACUCUCUGAAAAUGGAGACCGAGACGUCGGCCCCCGGGGAGCAGCCUAAAUUCCUGGGUGUCAGGGAGCAAAGAGUCACCGGUAUCUUUGUGUUCCUCCUGACAGGACUCUCUGUCUUCAUGGCCCCGAUCCUAAAGUUCAUUCCCAUGCCUGUGCUCUACGGUGUGUUCCUCUACAUGGGUGUGGCGUCACUCAAUGGUGUCCAGUUCAUGGACCGCCUGCAGCUGCUCCUGAUGCCAGCCAAGCACCAGCCGGACCUGAUCUACCUGCGGCACGUCCCACAGAGACGCAUCCACCUCUUCACCUUCAUCCAGGUCCUGUGUUUGGCCCUCCUCUGGAUCCUCAAGUCCACCGUGGCUGCCAUCAUCUUCCCUGUCAUGAUCUUGGCGUUGGUUGCCGUUCGCAAGGCGAUGGACUGGGUGUUCUCCCAGCACGACCUCAGCUACCUGGACGACGUCAUCCCAGAGAAAGACAAGAAAAAGAAAGAGGAUGAGAAGAAGAAGAAAAACAAGAAGAAGGGAAGCAUAGACAGCGAAAUCGAUUUUUCUGACUACCCCUACCAAGAAAACGUACCCAGUAUAAAAAUCUCUAUGGAUAUAAUGGAGCAGGAGCCCAUGUUGGGUGCUAAAUCUAUGGAUAGAGAUAAAUCCCCGAAUUUCCUUAACCCGCAUUCGUCGUGCUGAGCACUACUUUGAGUCUCCAACAGUGGCAGAGUGAUCUGGACAGGGGUCCACACACAAAAGGUUUGCCUCAGAUUCGAAUAGACAGGAGCUCUGAGGAUAAGGCUUUCUUCUGGAGGAAGGGCUCCGAAUCAGAUCUGUGAAGACAUUAUCCAAAGAUGCAAGAAAACCAGCACAACAGGGCAAACAUCCUCUUUUGUACUAUCGUACCACUUUGUAAAAGUAUUUUUUUUUUAUAUAUAUAUAUAUAUUCUCUGUGUGAGGAUUUCAAUCAGAAUGGGUGGAAGUAUUUGUCGUACAAUUGAAACACUUUGGUGGUACUGAAUUUAAUGAGGGCUGACACAGGAUAGGUUUGAGCACUCUUUAUCUGCAGGAGUUUUUGCACAAAACAGAAGGUGUACGUAAGGUCAUCUGUUUCUGCAGUUUUUAUAGGACAUUAAUAUCUUAUGAAUGUCUAUGCUAAUAAUUUAUAACAAGCGUCCAGCUAAAGAGGUUUUAUCAUAAAAUAUGUCCAGGGUACAGUAAGUUUGUAGAACAAAGAUGUCUUCCAAAUAGCACUGGACAUAACCAGCCUCUUGCCUGAUAGUACGGUUUUGAAUAACGGUAGUUCUUUUUUAAUGUUCCUUGUGGAGUUUGAAUCAUGACUACUGGAAUGUUAAGAUUAAAACCUAGUGGAGGUACUGCAUUUCCUCCUUUUUACUUAUAAUGAACAAAAGGGCUACAAAAGGUCUUCUAUGCACAGUCACAUUAAUUGUAUAUGUAUGGGCAUAUCAAUUCUUUAUCAAGCAUCCAUCUAAGGCUGCAUAUUCACAAAACCCAUCCAGAAGAGCGUGUGAGAAUACCAUGUUUGUGACACUAUGGUAAGAAGUUAAUGGCUCAACCAUACAAACUGGAACUUUUUGGAACAUUUUUGGAACAUUUUUCCUUUUUCUUAUAUUUAUUGUAUUUAAACUCUCUGCAAAUGAAUUUGCUGUUUUAACCGUAUGGCUUUACCAUUUUACUUCCCCAUUUGUGCAAAUUUGAAGAUAUUCUUUCUGUGGUCUGUAUCCACUCAGCUGUCUUUUCCCUGUUUUAGGGAGAUAUAGAUUAUACCUGGAUGUAGCUCUACCUCUUACAUUUCCGUAGGUGCCAGGCAUUAUAUAUUAAACCUCUGUCGUACAAUUGUUUGUGAUCAAACACUGAUUUAUGUUGUUCCAACUGCACUGCGUAGGAUCUCGGAGUCUUCACUUUGAGGUCCUUUUUGCUCUGUGACACUUAAGAUAUUGUCUUUUUUAGUUUUUUUUUCCGUUUGUCAAUAUGAAAUAAUUAGGGAUGAUUUUUGCCGUGUUUUAAAAGGUAAUUCCACAAAAAUUGCAUUUUAGAUUUUUUUUUUUUUUUUUUUUUUUUUUUAAGGG